AUGGCAGCUUUUGGAGGACAGACGCCCACGAUCAUCGUGCUCAAGGAAGGCACCGAUGCCUCUCAAGGCAAACCCCAGGUAAUUUCCAACAUAAAUGCCUGUCUCGCCGUGCAAAGUACAAUCAAAAGCACCCUCGGCCCUUACGGUGGUGACUUACUCCUCGUCGACGCCAACGGAAAACAAACAAUUACAAAUGAUGGUGCGACGGUAAUGCGCCUGCUUGACAUAGUGCACCCAGCUGCCAGGAUCUUAACGGACAUAGCCCGGAGUCAAGAUGCAGAGGUGGGUGACGGAACGACCUCCGUCGUUGUGUUGGCAGGAGAAAUAUUGAAGGAAGUAAAAGAGUUGGUUGAGCAAGGCGUUUCGACGCAGACCAUUGUCAAGGGAUUGAGGAGGGCCAGCGCAAUGGCGAUCAAUAAGAUCAAAGAGAUUGCCGUGAAUGUGGACGACGGGACAAAUAAGAGAGAGACACUCCGGAAAUUGGCGGCCACUGCGAUGAGUAGUAAACUUAUUCACCGAAAUUCAGGUUUCUUCACCAAGAUGGUCGUCGACGCAGUCCUAAGCCUCGAUCAAGAGGACCUGAACGAGAAGCUCAUCGGCAUCAAGAAAAUCACCGGCGGCGCAUUGGAAGACUCUCUCUUUGUGGAUGGCGUUGCCUUCAAGAAGACCUUCUCCUACGCCGGCUUUGAACAACAACCGAAGUCUUUCAAGAAUCCUAAAAUCGUGUGCCUGAACGUCGAGUUGGAGCUAAAGGCAGAGAAAGACAAUGCAGAGGUACGGAUCGAUCAGGUGUCCGAAUACCAGGCGAUAGUGGACGCCGAGUGGCAGAUCAUAUAUGACAAGAUGGAGGCACUAUACAAGACAGGCGCGAAGGUGGUCUUGUCGAAACUGCCAAUCGGCGAUUUGGCAACGCAGUACUUUGCGGAUAGAGAUAUCUUUUGUGCGGGUCGUGUCUCCUCUGACGAUUUGGAGCGUGUAUGCCAGGCCACCGGGGCUGUCACACAGAGCACCUGCAGCGACAUCCUGCCGGCGCAUUUGGGGACGUGUGGCCUGUUCGAAGAGCGCCAAAUUGGUGGUGAGCGGUACAACCUGUUCAGUCACUGUCCGGAGGCCAAGACAUGCACGUUGAUUCUGAGAGGGGGAGCCGAGCAGUUCAUUGCCGAAGUUGAGCGGUCGCUGCACGAUGCUAUCAUGAUUGUCAAGCGAGCCUUGAAAAAUCAUACCAUCGUCGCCGGUGGCGGUGCCACCGAAAUGGAAAUUUCCGGGUACUUGCACAGAUUUGCAGACAAGAACGUGCCUCACAAGCAGCAGGCGGUAGUGAAGGCCUUCGCAAAGGCCUUGGAGUGCAUACCUCGUCAGUUGUGUGACAACGCGGGUUUCGAUGCCACAGAUAUCCUCAAUCGACUACGGGUGGAACACAGAAAAGGGAAUACCUGGGCAGGGGUGGACUUUGAUCACGAAGGUGUGCGGGAUAACAUGGAAGCCUUCGUCUGGGAACCUGCCUUGGUCAAGGUGAAUGCCGUCUCGGCAGCUGUGGAGGCCGCAUGCCUGAUUUUGAGCGUCGACGAGACCAUCAAAAACGAGGAGAGUCAAGGUCCGCAAGCGCCCGCGAGAGGCUUGCCACCCGGUGCCGCCCAGCGAGCAUUGAGAGGAAGAGGGAGGGGGAUGCCGAGACGGUGA